CUGGCGGUGGAGAUCUCUGGGAGCACAGGCGGGAGCUGGAGGCAGGAGCAGGAGGCGGAGGCGGGGGCGGAGCGUCGCGCGCGGCCAUGGUUCCGGCUCGCGUCGCCGCCUUCUGCGCCGUGUGCGCGCUGCGGGUGGUGCUGGCCACCGUUUACUUCCAGGAGGAGUUCCUGGACGGAGAGCGCUGGAGGAACCGCUGGGUGCAGUCCACCAACGACUCCAAAUUCGGGCACUUUACGGUCUCGUCUGGGAAGUUUUAUGGUCAUAAGGAGAAGGACAAAGGUCUGCAAACCACACAGAAUGGCCGGUUCUAUGCCAUCUCCGCCCGCUUCAAGCCGUUCAGCAACAAGGGCAAGACGCUGGUGGUCCAGUACACAGUGAAGCACGAGCAGAAGAUGGACUGUGGCGGGGGCUACGUGAAGAUCUUCCCAGCUGACCUAGAUCAGAAGAACCUGAACGGGAAGUCCCCGUACUACAUCAUGUUCGGACCUGACAUUUGUGGAUUCGAUAUCAAGAAGGUUCACGUCAUUUUACACUUCAAGAAUCAGUAUCACCCAAACAAGAAACACAUCAGGUGUAAGGUGGACAGUUUCACGCACCUCUACACACUGAUCCUACGGCCUGAUCUGACCUACGAGGUGAAAAUCGACGGCCAGGCAAUCGAAUCGGGCAGCAUCGAGUAUGACUGGACUUUAACUUCCCUGAAGAAUGCAGAGAAGGCUGAGGCCAAAGGCAGGGAUCCAGCAGAGGCGCGUAAGGCACAGGUGCAGGACUGGGAGAAGCACUUCCUGGACACCAGCGCACCGAGCGACUGGAACAGCGAGCUGGAUGGGGACUGGCAGGCGGCCAUGCUCCAGAAGCCUCCUUACCAGGAUGGCCUGAGAGCUGAAGGCAUUGAUCAGGAUGUGUGGCUUCACCAGAAGAUGCAGUCAGCCAGCUACCUGCUCCAGCAUGACCUCUCGGAGUUUGAGAACAUCGGCGCCAUCGGCCUGGAGCUGUGGCAGGUGAGAUCUGGAACCAUCUUUGAUAACUUCUUGAUCACUGAUGAUGAAGAGUACGCAGUGAAGUUCGGCAAGGCUACCUGGGGCGAGACCAAGGAUCCAGAGAGGGAGAUGGAUGCCAUACAGGCCAAGGAAGAGCUGAAGAGAGCUCGGGAGGAGGAUGAUGAGGAGAUGCUGAUGGGCAAGUUCCUGGGGCGGGAUGGCCGCUCCAGUCAGUUCCACAGGAGAGACGGCCUCUAGCCACAGCCUUGCGAGGAGGAUGUGCGGGAGGGUCCCGCGCACACGGGCACACUGACACGUAAAAGCUCAUCUCUCUUUGGAGUAAUUUGUCCAGUUUUCUUUGCAAAAAAUCCCCCCUUGCUUCUGGGUACGGCCGCCCGCCCACCCAUCCCCCACCUGCCACGACUCCUCAAAAUACAUAUUUGGGUGCUGGAAGCCACAGGCCAGGAGCGAUCUGGGCUAAAACUCAGCUUUCUGCUGUUUGACAAUACUAGUUUGAACUCAGGACCUUGCAUUUGCCAAGCAGACACUCUACCACUUGAGCUAUGCCCUCAGUCCCUUCUGUUUGGGUUAUGGUUCAAAUAGGGUCUUGUUUUUUGUCUUGGCUAGCCGGGACUGAGAUACUCCUAUUUACAAUUUCCACAUAAUGACAAAGAUAGACUUCUGCCAGCACACUGGUUUGUUUGUUUCUGUGCCUGAACUGGGCCUUGAACUCAAGGCCUUGUGGUUUUGUUUGGCUUUUCUUCUCAAGACCAGUGCUCUACCACUUGAGCCACA